AUGCAGAGUGAAGACCCCAUUCUCAGAAUCCGUACUGUUGACAUUCCAGAAAAUGUCAACGUCACUCUGAAGGGACACACAGUUAUUGUCAUGGGCUCCAGAGGAACCCUGUGGAGGGACUUCAGUCACAUCAAAGUAGAGCCCAGUCUCUUUGGAAAGAAAAAGAAGAGGCUUCUGGUUGACAAAUGGGGAAAUAGAAAGGAACUGGCUACCUUUUGCUCUAUCUGUAGUCAUGUACAGAACACGAUCAAGGGUGUUACACUGGGCUUCCAUUACAAGUUGAGAUCUGUGUAUGCUGCUCACUUCCCCAUCAACAUCGUUAUUCAGGAGAAUGGUUUUCUUGUUGCAAUCUGACAUUUCUUGGGCGAAAAGUACGUCCUCAGGGUUCAGAUGAGGGUAGGCAUUGCUUGUUCAGUAUCUUAAGCCCAGAAAAAUGAGUUGAUUGUUGAAGGAAAUGACAUUGAACUUGUAUCAAAUUCAGCUGCUUUUGUUUAAUAAGUCACAACAGUUAAAAAUAAGGAUAUCAGAAAAGUUUUGGUUGGUAUCUGUAUUUCUGAAAAAGGAGCAGUUCAUCAGGCUAAUGAAUAA